AUGUAUGUGUGGGAUUUCGUCAACAUAUGGUCCUUCAACUCUUUGGCGUCUGAGUACUUACUCGUUGUCCGCGAAUGUUUUCCUGUAGGCCGAGACUCAACCUGGCUUCAUAAAUGCGCUGUUGGAUAUUCUGCAGGGGGAACAGAACAAUGCCGUCCAACUUUCCGGUGCGUGUGCCCUCUCAAACCUGUCGCUGUUUUUCCUGCCAUCGUCCCAGUCAAGGCGUUCGUUCCCGAACUAAUCGAUGAAUCCCUUGUAGCCGGUGUCUACCUGAAAAACCGAAUCAACCGUGGCUGGUCCCCUGUCGAAGAAAGCCCGCUUCGCACCCCUAUCCCUGAGGAGGAGAAACCCGGAUUCCGAGAGAGGCUGAUCCCGGCGCUGGCCUCGACGCCGCCGAACGUUCGCGCGCAGCUGGUUCCGCUCCUCCAGAAGAUCCUUCAGCAUGAUUUCCCCGAACAGUGGCCGGGUUUCCUGGACAUCACCCUGCAGCUGUUGUCGACCAACGACGCAAACUCGGUCUACGCCGGCUUGCAGUGUCUAUUGGCCAUCUGCCGCGUCUACCGAUUCAAGGCCGGAGAAAAGCGAGAGGAAUUCGAUAAGAUCGUCGAGCACUCGUUCCCUCAACUGCUCAACAUCGGAUUGAAGCUGGUCGAUGAAACAAGUAUCGAGGCGGCGGAGAUGCUCCGGAUCGUCGUUAAAUCAUAUAAGCAUGCUAUCUACUUUGAGCUUUCGCCGUUCCUGCAGACGCAACAAGCGACCGUUGAUUGGUGCACGUUGUUCCUGAGAAUCAUUGCCAAGGACCCUCCCGCCAGCUCCAUGCUGGAGUCGAAGGAAGAGAGGGAACUGAACCACUGGUGGAAGUGUAAGAAGUGGUCGUACGCCAACUUGAACCGUCUCUUCAUCCGAUAUGGAAACCCCACGACGAUGACGAAGUCCAGCACUCCUGACUACACGCAAUACGGCAAGGCCUUUAUCACUACGUUCGCCCCGGAGAUUCUCAAGGGAUACCUACAAGAAAUCGAAAAAUGGGUGUCCAAGGGCCAGUGGCUCAGCAACCCGGCUCUCUCCUACACCUUGGUCUACUUGGAGGAAUGCGUCAAGCCGAAGGCGAUGUGGGACCACCUCAAACCGCACAUGGACAACCUGAUCGCGCAUUUCAUUUUCCCCAUCCUGUGCCAGUCGGAUGAAGACAUUGAAUUGUUCCAGACCGACCCGUCUGAGUACCUCCACCGGAAGUUGAACUUCUACGAGGAGGUUUCGGCUCCCGAUGUCGCGGCUACGAAUUUCCUGGUUGCCCUUACGAAGAACCGCAAGAAGCAGACCUUCUCGAUCCUCACUUUCGUCAACGGUGUCGUCAGCAAGUACGAGGCUGCUCCGGAGGACCAGAAGUUGCCUCGGGAGAAGGAGGGUGCUCUGCGCAUGAUCGGCUCCCUUGCCUCCGUUAUUCUCGGAAAGAAGAGCCCCAUCGCCGACCAGGUCGAAUACUUCUUUGUCCGUCACGUUUUCCCUGAAUUCCGGUCUCCCCACGGCUUCCUCCGAGCUCGUGCCUGCGACACGCUGGAGAAGUUCGAGCAGCUCGACUUCCAGGACCCCAACAACCUCAUGAUCAUCUACCGCAACAUUCUGGAGUCGAUGACGGAUCCCGAGCUCCCCGUUCGAGUCGAGGCGGCGCUUGCCUUGCAGCCUCUCAUCCGCCACGAUAUCAUCAGGACCUCGAUGCAGCAAAACAUCCCCCAGAUCAUGCAGCAGCUGCUUAAGCUGGCCAACGAGGUUGACGUGGACGCUUUGGCUAACGUCAUGGAGGACUUUGUUGAGGUCUUCUCCGCCGAACUUACGCCGUUUGCCGUGGCCCUCAGCGAGCAGCUCCGGGACACCUACAUGCGUAUUGUCGGUGAGCUUCUGGAGAGAAACGCUGCAAAGGGCGAUGAGGACGCCUAUGGCGACUUCUUGGAUGACAAGAGUAUCACUGCUCUGGGUGUCUUGCAGACCAUCGGCACUCUUAUCCUCACCCUCGAGAGCACCCCCGACGUGCUCCUGCACCUCGAAACCAUUCUCAUGCCCGUGAUUAGCAUCACGCUCGAGAACAAGCUGUACGACCUUUACAAUGAGAUCUUCGAGAUCAUCGACAGCUGCACAUUCGCCUCCAAGUCGAUCUCGCCCACCAUGUGGCAAGCGUUCGAGCUCAUCCACAAGACCUUCAAGGCCGGUGCCGAGCUCUACCUGGAAGAUAUGCUGCCCGCCCUGGACAACUACGUGGCUUAUGGCUCUGAAAUGAUGGUCCAGAACCCGGCGUACCUUGGGGCUGUUGUUGGCAUGGUCCAGGACAUCUUCAGCGACCAGAAGGUUGGUGGUGUGGACCGGAUAUGCGGCUGCAAGCUGGCCGAGACCGUGAUGCUGAACCUGCGCGGUUACAUCGACCAGUACCUUCCGGUUUUCAUUGAGCUGCCUAUGCGGGUCAUUGACGCUGGCGACACCAAGACCAAGUCCUACCGCAUUCACCUGAUGGAGAUGGUGAUCAACGCCAUUUACUACAACCCCGUGCUGAGUCUCCAGGUUCUGGAGUCCAACGGCUGGACGAACAAGUUCUUCAGCACUUGGUUCUCGAAUAUCGACAACUUCCGACGUGUUCACGACAAGAAGCUGUCGAUUGCCGCCAUCAGCUCCCUGUUGACGUUGAAGGCUGGUGAUGUGCCGCCGAGCGUGCAACAGGGUUGGCCCCGACUGCUGCAGGGAGCUGUCCGCCUAUUCCAGACGUUGCCAGCUGCUCUGAAGAACCGCGAGGAUGCGACGAAAGAAUCCGACUUCACGUUCGACGACGAGGGUGACGAUGUUGACGAAGACAACGACUGGGAUGGUGAGAUCGAAUGGACCGAUCAGGAUGAAACCGAGGCUCCGUUCGAUGGCGACGUCGCCGACGAAGGUGCCGCGUAUCUUGAUUUCUUGAACAAGGAGGCGCAGAAGUUCGGCUCUUUUGCCGAUGACGACGAAGAUGAAUUGGACGAGGAGAGUCUCCUGGAGACACCCCUGGAUAAGAUCGAGCCUUACGGCCUGUUCAAACAGGUUUUCCUGAACCUCAAGCAGGAGCAACCACAACUUUAUGACAACCUGACGACGAUUCUCAACCCGGAGGAGCAACAGGUGAUCGAGGCUGUGUUCCACGAGGCGGAUGCGAAGGCCCUGGCGAACGCCGAAGCUGCUGCAGCGCUCCAAACGAAUGGGAACUAA